CACGUUGCAUAUUGCAUCAUCGCUCGUGUUUCGCUGACAGUUGCGCCUUCUGUACUUCAGGGAUCAAAGACAUAUAUUACCAAAAUUAUUCUGAAGACGUUUAGUAGAACAUCUCUUCAUUAUGUCAAUCGGAACAAUAGGCUUCGUAGGAGCUGGAAAUGUAGCAUUAACGCUAAUAAAAGGCCUCCUUUCCGCAAGUGCUGUAGGAGCAGAGAGGAUAAUGGCCAGUGCACCAUCAAACAGGAAUCUACAAGUUAUAGGGGAUCUUGGAGCCAAGACAACCAGUAGCAACAGAGAGAUCUUGGAGACGGCUGACACAAUUUUCUUGGCCAUCAAACCAAACCUAGCUGGCGCCGUCAUCAAAGAAAUAGCUCCAUUCGUCAAAAGAGACCAACUCUUCAUAUCACUUGCUGCAGGAAUCUCAUUAGAUUUUAUUGAAAAUAACCUACCAGAAAGAUCAAGGGUUGUCCGGGCCAUGCCCAACACACCCACCAUCAUCCGGGAGGGGGCUACCGUGUUUGCGUGUGGUUCGCACAUCAAAGAGGGCGACAAUCGCUUGAUCCAAUCGCUCUUCUCCAAGCUAGGUAUCUGCAUCGAGGGAGACGAGAGUAUCAUUGACGCAGCGAUGGCUGUCAGUGGUUGUGGGCCGGCCUAUGCCUAUGUAGCUAUUGACGCACUUGCAGACGGUGGAGUUAAGAUGGGGCUUCCAAGGGACAUCGCUAUCAAGCUAGCAGCUCAAACACUAUUAGGUUCAGCCAAGAUGGUGCUGAGAGGCGGCAAGCACCCAUCGCAGCUCAAGGACGAUGUGUGUUCUCCAGGAGGUACAACGAUCGAUGCCAUCCAUGAACUUGAGAGAGGUGGAUUCAGGAAAUGUCUUAUAGAAGCAGUGGAAGCAGCGUGCAAUAAGGCUAGGAGGCUCAACGAUGCUAUGCUGUAUUCAAACAAGAAAUGAUGUCAUCAAAUAUAUUGAAGGAAAAAAAUUAA